UCUCUUCCAUCCCAGACAAAACAAUGAAGCCUAUGCAGAGUUCAGAUAUAGUAUAUGAGCCGAAAGGACUCAGCUCAUAUGAUCCUUCACUCGCACUAAUACACAACCCUGUUCUGCAGUUGCUUGCCCUCUCCUAGUAGACUAUGUUGACACUCACCAACGUCACUUGGCUCGACAUACUACUAUGCCUUGCUUGUGCCGGAGUAUAUUUUCUAAUGUGGGUCUUCAACAGGAAGAAUCCUGCGCCAUAUCCUCCUGGUCCCCCGGGGUGGCCUCUCAUCGGCAACAUCUUAAACGCGCCUCACAUCCGAGUCAGGCCCUGGCUCACCUUCACUACGUGGGGCAAGAAGUAUGGUAAUAUCUCGCACAUCGAAGUUAUGGGCCAACACAUCGUGGCGCUGAACUCCGUCAAGACUGCGAUGGACACGCUGGACAAAAAGGUUGCUCUCUACUCUGAACUUGUUGGCUGGAAACACAGCCUGGCCCUUCUCCCUGACGGUGUCCGCUUUUGCUGGUCUCGCAGGAACCUCCACUGCGUGAUUGGCAGUCGAGCCGCAGUAGGCAUAUACAGCCGGAUCGAAGAGGUCGAGACUUGCCGAUUCCUUAAGCGUGUGCUCACGAAACCCGGUCAACUACAGGCACACAUCCGACACACCACUGGUGCCAUCAUCCUGCGCAUCUCUUAUUUGGUCAAAGCCCCCGAACGGUUCCCUGGUGCUGGCUUCAAGCGCCUAGUCCGUGAAUGGCGUGAGACCCUCGAAGAUAUGGUUUUUACACCGUACAAUUUCGUCAAGGAUCAGAUGGCAGCUGGAAUUGCCCCGGAGUCUUUUACUUCGAAUCUGUUGGAAAACCGUACUUUGUCCGUAGAAGACAAUAAUGUUCUGAAGUGGUCUGCCGCAUCUCUAUACGCCGGCGGUGCCGACACGACUGUUUCUUGUCCCGAAAUAGAUGCUGUCAUCGGUCCUGAUCGUCUUCCCUCCUUCGCCGACAGAGGGUCUCUCCCCUAUACCGAGGUGCUUGCUAAAGAAGUACUGCGAUGGAAUGUUGUCGCCCCUACCGGUUUACCCCACCGUGUCACUGAGGAUGACAUCCAUGAUGGGUAUUUCAUUCCAAAAUGUUCCUUGGUAAUACCUAACAUUUGGUUGAACAAGCUCGAGACCGACCACCGGACAAUCUGCUUUGGCUUUGGAAGACGCAUCUGUCCAGGUAUACUCAACUCGCAGAAAGCGCCGAUCAACAUUCUGAUGCUUCUUGUUUUUGAUAUAUAG